AGGAGCGGGGCUGCCCUGAGGCGAGGGGCCGGCGGGAACCGGCCCUCAGCGCCCCCGGCGCGGCGGGGAGCGCAGCCCCCACGGCCCCGGCCUCCUCCCGGGGCCGGCCGGGCCCCGCCCGCCUGCCCCUCGCGUAAAGCCGGUUUUAGCAGUGUCAUUGUGUCCCCCUUCCCCUUUAUUUAAUUGUUACGUUUCGACAAGUGAGCCCUGAAAUCCUGAGCCCUGGAGGCGGGUCCAUCCCCCGCCCCAUUUCCCGACUGAUAACGUUUUAAGUCGGGCUUUCACCUCGGCUACAUGCAAUGAGAAAAAAAUGAAUUUAUUCACAUAUUAGGACAAAGCCUGCCUAGAUGUCCCCCGUUUUGGACUUUAGCUAUUAAAAUUCUAGACUUAAGUGGAUGUGCUUGCAUGAGUGCCUAUAACACCGGAGGGAGAGUACUUAAACAUUUGGGAGUGACCACCUUAUAAACGUUGUUGUGGCUUAUGGGAAUUAACCGAAUGAUUAAGUUUGCAGGAUAUGGUGCAUGUAAAUUACCUUGUAGCUUCCGGUUGCCUUCCUUAUACAUCAAUUGCACAGAGUUUAUGAAUAAAAGCAAAGAUGCCGUCUGCAGUUAGGGCUGCGGUGGGCUUUUCUGCACGAGCUGAGAGUCUGCGCUGACCCUCAGGGAAGAUAUGAAAGCACAGGUGCUGAAAGUUCACCCGAUGCCUGGGGGUUGCUGGCUGCCCGCCUGUGCAGGUGUUCUUCCUGGCAUCCUGAGACGCUGACCAGGAGGAGCAUUCAGCAUCCCAUGUGCUUGGCAAGCGCCAUUUGGUCAUGCAAGAAAGGAGGGUAGGCUGGUUUUCAGCGUCAUCUGGCCUUCCCUGCACUGGUGUGGACAUAAGCGGAGGGGCUAAAUUUUCUCCUUGCUACGUUCCUGAUCUUAAAAAGAUCUGUUAGCCAGCCCAAACGAGAGGGGUCUCUCUAACAUGAGUGGGAGAAGCUUGGGAAGUCCUUGGCUCAUCUUCACAUGUGGAUCAAGUAAUAGCCUUCAUACAAUCAUCCCCUUUGAAGUGCUGCCCCCCCAGUGUAAACGGCAUGACCUUUUCAAUCAGAUCCAGACUACCAGAUUUGCUGAGAGGUCAUUAAUUCCAGAGAGGUCAUUUGGGUUUAGUAUUACCGUUUUACGGUUUUUUUAGCUCUAUUAUCAAGGAGGUUUUCUCUUGAAAUUGGGUUUCAUCCAAGCUCUUGGCACUUAAGAAUGUUUUUCUUAAAUAAUUUUGUCAAACAAGUUACCACCUCCAGUCUUCAGCAGAAUGUAAGAAUACCACCACUUACUACACUAAGAAAUACAUAUUAAAUUAUUGUAUACUUACAUGCAUCAUUGUUUUUAUUAAGCACUCAGUAUGUGUUCAGUGCAGUAUAAACAUUAAACAAGAUUAUUCUUCCCCUGGCGAAUUUACAGUCUGAAAGAGCUUCAUAGGAAGGAGCAGUAAUAACAUAUCAUUAAAACACCACCUUUAAUUUAAUUCCUUUUUGUCUCCCUGUGGUUAAUACUCAUUUGCUGUUGAACAUGACUGGUGUAUCCUGGCAUGUCAUGCAGUGCUGUUUUAUGGCAUUACAGGCCCCAGUUGUCCACUCUGUGGGAGGUUCUUGUUCAGUGUGAGUGGAAGAAGAGAGCAUAUGUCUGUGUUUCAGCUGCUGCCAUACAAAAGCCCAGCAGCAUAGCUGAAACCCACCUUUGAUGGUACUCUUCACUAAGACCUUGGUUGUUGUAUCAAAGCACGGUUUCUUUUCCCACCUUGGCUUCCUGUAAGGACAGCUGGAAAUACUGAUGUCUUCAACAGCUGCGGCAAGAUUCUCUGAAACUCCUGUGUUAAAGCCCUGAGAGAAGAGAUGUUGCAAGAUGCAAAUGGAAACGGGCAUCCAAUUUUCACUGAUGUCUGUUGGAUUUAGUCUCUGUCUGUAGUGGAGUGCAACAGUAGGAUUGUGCUGGCAAGGACUAGACAAGUUAGGAUUUGACUAUGGCAGUGCAGUUCCUGUGGAAGGCAUCUGUGUGGUUAAAGAAGCACAAGAUCACUUUGUUGGCCGUUUCUUGCAUGGGACUGUUUGGCACUAACCUUUCCUAUCAUGUGUUUCCUGAGCAGACAUUCAAACUGUUGCAUGAGUGCUGGUCAGAGGGGCAGCCAGCUGAGCUUUCACAGAAGCUCCGUGGUGUCUUUCAGGAUGUCCUUCAAGAUACUGAUGUGAAGUCCAGCGACUCCUAUCGAGCCUUUGCAGCUUCUGGCUUCCACCCUGUGAGUGCUGGAAUCCCCUGGCUGCCUGCAGGCUCGUUAGUGGGUAUCCCACCUAAUUUUGAUAGCACAGCUGAAGAUAAAAAAGGAAUAGUCAACCAUGUUGUUGCAAUCAAUGGCAAGGAAGUAGACUGGGAGAGCAAUGAAGGUGUUGCUUUGAAAGAAGCUCUGACAUUUUCACUUGAAGCUCAGAAGUUUGCCAUUGCCAGAGAAGUUGUGUAUUUGCAGAAUGGCAGCCCUUUAGCAAGUGCAGCUGUGGCUCCAACUUGCUUAGCUGGUACAUUUCUCUGUGGAAGAGGUAUAAAGCUACUUCUGGGUUUAUCUCCUGGCCCCGUGAUACUUCGCAGCAUUUGUAACCUCAUAACUGCUGCUGGUGGACUAAUGUGCUAUUACAUUUCUUAUGAUGCUAUGACCUAUCAUCUAGACUGCAAGGCUGACAGAAAGGCAGCUACCAUUUCAAAAGACUAUGCCAGAGGUGGGGUUGAAUUUUAUGAUAAAAUCUUGUCUCGCAAUAGGAUUCUUCGUGGUCUGAUGGGCAAACAGGGGACAAAAAUGUAUGCCCCAAGUGGUAACCUUUUCCCAAGACACUGGUUCAGAAUAAAGUAUACGCCGUACACUUACCGAAGAGAUUUGAUUGUUAAUAUUUUAAGAGACCUCUAGGCAUAGGAAAGGAGUGCUUGAAUUUUAAACUUGUGAAUUAUGUAUGCUCUUGGAACACUGCUGUGCUGCUUUUUUUUUUUCCCCUCUGUAUCUUCAUUAGAAUUUUGGGGUUUAUUUUUGCAUAUAUUUUGAAAAGAGUUAUUGCACAUUCUGUGAAUAAAGAAUUCUCUCUUAAAAUAUUAAAAACUUGCUUCAAAAGUG